GGUGGAGGCGGCGGCGGCGGCCGUUGCGGCGGCGGCGGCGGGAGCGGCGGGAGCCUGAGGCGGCGGCGCCCGUGGCCCAUCACGGGGCCCGAGCUGUGCGCCUCGGUCCGGAGUCCGGACCGGCCGAGUGCUCCGACGUGUUUCUAUCUACCUUUUCAGGGAAGGCUAGAGUGAGGAAAAAGGCUUAGGGCCCAGGGGGCGGGGAAGGGGGGCCGGGCCUGGAUACCGCGGGGAAGCGGAGCCGGACACCGGGCCGUGGCUCGCGCGGUCCGGGGAACACUGAUCAGACGUCGGUGACGCGGAUCGAACGCCGGUGCCUGGUGGAACGCGAAGGCUGGGCGGCACGCGCACUGGGGCCAUGGCGUCGGUGCAGGCGUCCCGCCGCCAAUGGUGCUACCUGUGUGACCUGCCCAAGAUGCCGUGGGCCAUGGUGUGGGACUUCAGCGAGGCAGUGUGUCGUGGCUGCGUGAACUUCGAGGGCGCGGACCGCAUCGAGCUGCUCAUCGAUGCUGCCCGCCAGCUCAAGCGCAGCCACGUGCUCCCAGAGGGCCGAUCCCCCGGCCCCCCGGCCCCCAAGCACCCUUCCACCAAGGACCUGGCGGCGGCCACUACGUCGGGGCCUCAGCUCCCACCCCCACAGCCCCAGCCCCAGCCGUCGGGCACUGGAAGCGGCGUCUCAGGCCAGGACCGCUAUGACAGAGCCACUUCAUCAGGCCGUCUCCCGUUGCCCUCACCUGCCCUGGAGUACACCCUGGGGUCCCGCCUGGCCAAUGGACUGGGUCGUGAGGAGGCUGUGGCCGAGGGGGCUCGAAGGGCUCUGCUUGGCUCAAUGCCCGGCUUGGUGCCUCCUGGGCUACUGGCUGCCGCAGUGUCUGGUCUGGGAAGCCGGGGUCUGACGUUGGCACCCGGCUUGAGUCCUGCCCGUCCAGCCUUCGGUUCUGAUUUUGAGAAGGAGAAGCAGCAGAGGAAUGCGGACUGCCUGGCAGAACUGAACGAGGCCAUGCGGGGCCGGGCAGAGGAGUGGCACGGGCGUCCCAAAGCUGUUCGUGAGCAACUGCUAGCACUGUCCGCCUGUGCCCCGUUCAACGUCCGCUUCAAGAAGGAUCACGGGCUGGUGGGACGGGUGUUCGCCUUCGAUGCUACUGCCCGCCCUCCAGGCUACGAGUUCGAACUGAAGCUUUUUACCGAGUACCCUUGUGGUUCGGGCAAUGUGUACGCAGGGGUCCUGGCGGUGGCCCGGCAGAUGUUCCAUGAUGCUCUGCGGGAGCCGGGCAAGGCCCUGGCCUCCUCAGGCUUUAAGUACCUGGAAUAUGAGCGCCGGCACGGUUCCGGGGAAUGGCGCCAGCUGGGAGAGCUGCUCACCGAUGGGGUCCGCAGCUUCAGAGAGCCAGCUCCAGCGGAGGCCCUGCCCCAGCAGUACCCAGAACCGGCCCCUGCAGCCUUGUGCGGGCCACCCCCUCGAGCCCCAUCCCGGAACCUGGCUCCCACGCCACGCCGUCGCAAGGCAUCCCCUGAGCCGGAAUGCGAAGCGGCUGGGAAGCUGACCACUGAGGAACAGCAGCAGCGACACUGGGUCGCACCCGGUGGUCCGUACUCCACCGAGACCCCAGGUGUGCCUUCACCCAUUGCUGCUCUGAAGAAUGUGGCCGAGGCCCUGGGCCACUCACCCAAGGACCCUGGUGGGGGUGGGGGUCCCGGGCGGGCAGGGGGUGCCAGCCCUGCAGCCUCCUCCACAGCCCAACCUCCAGCCCAACAUCGGCUUGUGUCACGUAAUGGUGAGGCAGAAGUCAGCCCCACGGCAGGGGCUGAAGCUGUCAGCGGGAGUGGAAGUGGCACUGGGGCCACCCCGGGGGCCCCACUGUGCUGCACCUUGUGCAGGGAGCGACUGGAAGACACCCACUUCGUCCAGUGCCCCUCCGUACCUGGACACAAGUUCUGCUUCCCCUGUUCACGGGAGUUCAUCAAGGCGCAGGGCCCUGCAGGCGAGGUGUACUGCCCGAGUGGUGACAAGUGCCCACUCGUGGGCUCCUCCGUCCCAUGGGCCUUCAUGCAGGGCGAGAUCGCCACUAUCCUUGCUGGAGACAUCAAGGUCAAGAAAGAGCGGGACCCCUAGACCAUCACUGCCACCAGGCUACUGCUCCCGGCCCCUUUGCCAUCCACCGCUGCUGCGGAUAAAUUAUUCCCUCCCCCACCCAAACCAAUGCCACCCCCACCCGUGUACAUACCCCCUUCCUCAGUCCCCAUGGGUUCCCUGGGGUAGAUGCUUUGGGGGCGGGGGGAGAAAGCUUGUGGCUCAUGUCCAAGGGGGUGUUUGGGGUCCUCUGGGCCCUUCCGAUUUCCUUCCCUCCUUGGCUUGGCUUUUCUGCUGCUUGUAGUUGGGGAGGAGGCUACCUCUUCAGAAGGGGUCCCCUGAAAUCUUGCUCUUUAUAAACCAAGCAAAGCAUUUUAUUCCCCCCACCCCAUACUUUCUCCCGCCCCAGUUUUCCUCCUUCAAUAAACCUAAAGAUGGGUUUGUUUUUUUCC